AUGAGCGAGCUGCAACGCUCCUUCGCCAGAGCCAAAUUGGCUGGCCUGCCAUUUGAACCUCCUAUCCCAAUCAAUGACCUGUCAGAUGAAGAGGAUCAGGAUGGGCUCGACGAGCUGAGACCGCUACCUGAGCGGUCUUCGUUAGAUGAUGAUUCCUCCUCGGCAUCGUCCGCCUCAUCUGCCUCGUCGACGGGAACUAUCAGACCUUCGCCGAAGCUCUACUUUAAGACUCAUCGACCGCAUGAGACUGUCACAUAUCAUGUCUACGUCCUACCGCCUGAGGAGAAAGGCCCUCUUCUGGUAACACAUCAUGGCGCAGGCUCUUCGGGUUUAUCAUUCGCCCUAUUUGCGUCCGAGAUACGGAAGAUAAUUCCCAAGUGUGGCAUACUAUCGCUGGAUGCUCGCGGUCACGGCGAAACAAGCGUCAUUAGGACCGAGCCAGAGGUUGAGGACGAAAACAUCCAUUUAACCCUCGAAAUACUAAGUCAAGAUCUCUUAGAGGUGAUCCACUUAACCCAGAAGCAUAUAGGUUGGCCUCAGCUACCAGACCUGGUAUUGAUCGGCCACAGCCUAGGUGGUGCAGUGGUCACAGAUCUCGCCCUGAGCGGCAGACUUGGCGCUGCACUUUUAGGCUACGCAGUCCUCGACGUCGUCGAAGGCUCAGCUAUAGACGCUCUGCAGAGCAUGCAGCAAUACUUAUUGAAGCGUCCCAAUAGCUUUACUUCAACACAGGCUGCUAUAGAGUGGCACAUCCGUUCGCGUACAAUCCGUUCGCAGACCUCAGCACGAAUAUCCGUUCCCUCUUUACUUCGUCAAGUCUCCACGUCAUCCACCUCAGGGAGUGGCCCCAACACUACCUCCUUCGUCUGGCGUACGAAUCUCUCCGAAACCGAACGCUACUGGUCCGAGUGGUUUACGGGCCUGUCAAGCAAGUUUCUCUCUGCAAAAGGCGGCAAGUUGUUGAUUCUCGCGGGCACGGACAGGUUGGACAAGGAGCUCAUGAUUGGUCAAAUGCAAGGUAAGUACCAACUACAAGUUUUCCCUGAAGCCGGGCAUUUCGUCCACGAGGACUGCGCGGCGAAGACAGCCCAGGUGAUGGCAGAAUUCGUCAGGCGGAAUGACAGAAGUGGACUUGUACUGCCACCAAAGGUUGGGGACAUGCUGAAGGCUUGA